AUGUGCGGGCGGGGGGCGGAGGCCGGGAUCCGGGGGCCGGGGGAGGCCAAUAGGGCGGGGCCGGGCACAGGACGGGGCUUCUUUGCGCCUCCCGGGCCCGGGCCUGGCAUCUGUGGGGCGCUGUGCGUCUCCGAGAACGAAGCGGCCUCCCGGGCGUGCGGCCGCUGGGUUCGUGUGCUCCGAGCCCGAGGACCGUUUGCGGCCGCCGCCCCGUCCUGGAGCAGGAGUGAGGAGGCGCCUCUCACUUUCCUGCGAACCCGCAGAACGGGCGGCCGGCGCUGGGGAGGCCGCCGGAGCUUCCCGCCCCUUCACCAAGCGGCCCUGACACGCAGUCGAAAGUGUGGAUUUUGCCGGUCGCGGCGGCUGCGUCCGGAGUCCCAGCGCCUUGGGAGGCGAGGCGGGAGGAUCCCCACGGCCCGGGAGCUCGGGACCAGCCUGGGCAAAUAUUUUGAAAGUCAUGAGCGGGAUGGAAGGUGGGACCGGGAGAGCUGUUAUCGGGCAGGUGGACGCUGUGGAUUAGCGGAGAUGGAAGGCACUUUUGUUCUCGGCACCGUGAAGCUGUCCUGGUCAAUCCUGUUUUCAUGCUUGAGGAUCUCUGGUGCAGCAGCUCCACCAGCCUUGACACCAGGACUUCUGUGGAAUCCAGAAAUCGCCUCUGCUCGCCACACAAUGCUGGUGUAACCACAAAGGAUCCAGGACUUCUCCUGAUGACUACACGAGUACAGGCGCUCCUACAAACACUGGUAAAGAUUUUCACUUGGG